GGAGAGUUGAGAGGCAAAACAGGUUUAUUUGUCCGAAUCUGUAAUAGCUUUCAUGUCAUUUUUGAUUCAUCCUAUUAUUAUUUAAAUUCAUCCCAUCAAAAUAACGUUACGGUUAUUGAAAAAGAAAAAGAAGAUCUAGAGAGAUGGAAGAAGAACUCAAGAACUUCAUCAAGCUUUGGAUUUCAGCAAUAAUCUCCAUAUCUUACUGUUACUACUUAUCAACAGGAAUCAAAGCUGGUGUUUUUCGAUUACUCUCUGUUCUUCCUGUAUGUGCUCUGUUUCUUGUUUUUCCUCUGUUUUUCUCCUAUGUUCACUUCUCUGGUUGCAUGGCUUUUUUCCUCUCAUGGCUCGCAAAUUUCAAACUCAUCCUCUUCUCCUUCGAUCAAGGUCCUCUUUCCCCACUUCCUCGAACUCUCUCCCGAUUCAUAUGCAUCACUUGCUUCCCCAUCAAGCCUCAACAAAACCCUAAUAUUCAAAAUUAUAAAAUCCCCAUAUGGCUUUUCGCCAUUAAAGUUGUCAUCUUUGUUGUCUUGUUACAAAUGUAUGAAUACAAACAAUAUCUGUCUCCGGCUUUAUUAUUGGUUUUUAAUUCUCUACAUAUAUUCUUGGAGCUUGAGAUUGUCUUUAUGCUCGUCAAAGCAUUGGUCUUUAUCACUCUUGGCUGCGAUCUAGAGCCACAGUCCAAUGAACCAUACUUAGCCACUUCUCUUCAAGACUUCUGGGGUCGUCGGUGGAACCUCAUGGUCCCGGCGAUUCUCCGGCCGGCUGUCUACCUCCCGGCGAGACGAAUGGCCUGUCGGAAAGUUAACUCCGAUCAGGCUAUGUUCUUGGGAGUUUUCGCAGCGUUUCUCGUCUCCGGUGCGGUUCAUGAGAUGCUCUUCUUCUAUCUUACCCGUGAGGUUCCUACAGGGGAAGUCACUUGGUUCUUUUUGUUACAUGGAGUUUGCACGGUGGCGGAAGUGGCGGUGAAGAAGAGUACAUUUGUGCGGCGAUGGUGGAGAGUGAGUCCGACGGUGUCACGUCUUCUGACGGUCGGUUUUGUUGUUGUGACGAGUGGUUGGUUCUUUUUCCCUCUUAUAAGGAGUGGCAUCAUCGAAAGACUCGCUAGCGAAGCCUUAAUGUGCAUUGAUUUCGUCAAGCACAAGUUUCUUCUGUUACUUUUGGGUGAUUAAUCGCUGAAACAUGCAUGAUUCAUGGAUUUAUGUGUUUUCU